AAUAAAAAUAGAAUAAUCAUGUCAUGCGACGAAACUUGUACAUGUGAUAAGCGUGGUAUAGAUUAUUAUGGUGUAUUAUCAUUAACAAAAGAUUGCGACGAUUUGGAAAUCAAAACAGCAUUUCGACGUUUAGCGAUACGAUACAAUCCUAAAAGAGCAAAGGAUGAAAGUUUAAGUACUAUUUUUGCCUUGGUAACUGAAGCAUACGAUGUACUUUCAGAUCCUCUUAAAAGAACUGUAUAUGAUCAAUUCGGUGAGGAAGGUCUUAAAAAUGGCAUACCUGGAGCCGAAGAAUUCAUCUGUCCAUAUGUUUAUCAUGGAGAACCGAUGAGAACUUAUAGGGAAUUCUUCGGUACCGAAAGUCCUUAUGCUGAUCUAAUCUACGCAGUAACGCAGUCUCCAUCUCUUCUCGAAUUUCCCGAGGGGCGGGGUAUAAAACGUAAAGAAGAGCCUCUGAUAAAAACCUUGUACUUAACCCUUCUGGAGGUUUUUCUUGGUGGAAUUAAGAAAAUGAAGAUACAGAGAUUGGUUUUGGUAGGGGAUGAUAAAUCUAUGACAGUAGUAAAAGAAAAAAUUUUAACAAUACCUAUUAAACCAGGCAUACCGACAGGGACGAGGAUAACAUUUCCAGAGGAAGGUGACCAAGGACCCACGAAAAUACCUGCGGAUGUAAUCUUCAUCACGGAGGACCGGCCUCACGAGACCUUCCGAAGAGAGGGCUCUGACUUGCACAUGACGGUCGAUAUCUUUCUGCGAGAGGCACUGACCGGAACAGUGGUCACCGUCGACACCCUCGACGACAGAACCCUUCGAAUACCACUAACGUCUGUCAUCACACCAGAUUAUAAGAAACGCAUACUUGGAGAAGGAUUGCCAUUACCAGAAAAUCCAAAAGGAAAAGGAGAUCUAAUUAUAACCUUUAACAUUGAAUAUCCGGUAUAUAUGCCAGUAUCAAAUAAAAAUUAUGUUAAACGAGCGUUUGAUACAUCAGAAGAUAUUAGGGAUACAGAAUAUGUUCAUCGUCUUAUAUUGGCUAAUAAAAUGCGUAGAAAUAUUGAUUUUGAUGUUCCUGUACGCCGAGAUCCUAAAGAUUAUGAAGCAAAAGAAUUAGACUUUAUUUGUAACAUUUAAUUUUUCCAUAUUUUAAUGGUAUCGAUUUAUUAACUCUUUAAAUAUUUAAUUUUAGAUGUA